CCUGCUGCUCUCCCCAAUGUUUGACUUGGCUCCACUAAAGUUGGAAGAGGAACGGAGCUGAACGUGUUGUAGCAGCUCUCCUCUCUGGCCACUGACCAUGAGACAUUUUCCUGAGCAAACCAAACCUCCUACCUCUGCCUUCUCCCUCCAGCCUCUCUCUCUCUCUGAACUGUGCAAGGACAGGACUGUGUUUGUUUUAAGUGGAAGCUGUGGUUUGCUGCCGUAGUGUAGUUAGUUAUUCUGGACUGAGUGUUAUAAGUUGACUGUCAGUUAGAGCAGAGGGGGUCGUAGUCAGAGGUGGUGUUAUACAUGAAGCCUGUUGGUGUCCAGGGACAGCCGUGUGGUCAUUGCGUAAUUUCUCUUCCAUAUGAAUGGGUUGUUCUGUUGUCAGUGCAAGCUCAUGCCAGUGAUGGACUACAGCCGGAUGGACGCUAACCUUAGCUGGCAUUCACAAAACAGCAUUCCUCUUUACUGAGACCAGCUCCACAGAAUGCUGAGUCCUAUUGUCCCCUAUAGUCUGUUAAAGAUGCACUGGAACCCAGAGCAUGCCCAGUCUCUCAGCCAGUGGCCUGAGCAGCACCUGGACGUCUCCUCCACCACCUCCUCUCCGGCCCACAAGUCAGAGUUCUACUCUGGCCGCAGCCGCAGCUCCUACAACUACGCGUGGGCCAAUGAUGACAUUUCUGCCAUGACCGCCUCCAACCUGUUGAAGCGCUAUGCGGAGAAGUACGCCGGUGUGUUGGACUCACCGUAUGACCGGCCACCUACUGUUGCCACCUAUCCUGAGCCAGGAGCCUUUGGGGGCCUCAACGGCCAGAAGACUGAGCUGGAGCCCUGGCCGCUGACGCACAGCACUGACUCCUCCUAUUCCCUGGUGCCCCCUGGAGGCCAUGACAGCCUCUCGGGGUCCAAGGUUGUAGCCACUUCCGCAGGCCCUGCAGGAGUUAACAGUGUGUCUGUGGUGAACAGUAACCUCUCAGACUCUGGCUACAGUGGCAGCAGCUCCUGCAGUGGCUCCAGUGAGUACCCCUCCACCUACAAUGGUACCUACCUUUCCUCAGGGUACUGUCCCCAACCCAGCGCAGCACUUCCCCCUGCCUCCCUGCACACUCUCCAGUCCACCCCCACUCUGGUGCCCAGCUACAGCCCCACCACACCUGUCUAUAACUAUCCCCCAAGCACGUAUCCGCCCCAGACCAGCCUUGCCCCAAGCUACAGCCACCCCUCUGCAACCUACCUGCCCUCAGGCCUACCAACCCCUUCUCCAGUACCCUCGAGGCCCACAGUGGUAGGAGGCAGCUAUAGUUACCAGAGCACCAACCUUGGAACAUCUGAGUCUGGAGGGACAUUAAAAAGAAAAGCAUUUGAGAUGAGUGUAGAAAAGGAUGAGGGUGAGGAUGGCUCUCGUUACAGGAAAUAUAGCUACGACCCCUUGAAGGCUGGGGGGAACUCACCCUACAGUGUGAAUGACAAAACAGAGUGCAGGGGAAACGGCUUCAGCAGUUCAGGCAGCACAGACCCUCAAACCUUCAAGCCCAGCAAGCCCUCCUCCCAGCCCCUGGUGUCUCCUCAGUAUGGGGCAGCAGGGGAAUACAGCCCUCCAGCAGGUAUGACGGGGGAGAAUGGUGUGGCAGAGCAGGGCUUCACCCAACAGCAGCAGCACCGCUCCCAGGCCCACAAACGACCCCCGCUGUGUGGUCCGACUGUUGAGACUAUGAAGAGCCCAGAUCCCCGACUGUUGGACCAUGUCAAUGGGGAGUUAUUAGACUGCAACCCGGCCCUAGGCUGGGGUGAGCUGGCCGGGCUCACCCAUGUCAAGACUGCCCUGGAGGAGGACCUGCUGUGGCCCGUGUUGAGGCCCAGUCCAGUGGUGCGGCCACCAAGAACCGUCCUGCUGUUUGGCCCCCGGGGUGGGGGCAAGACGACUUUGACUCGUUCUUUGGCCUCACAGCUGGGGGCUUCCUUCUACCGGUUGAGUGGAGCCAUGCUGGCCUCUAAAGGAAAAGCUGAGGCAGAGCACAUUCUAGGGUCUCUGUUGCAGGUGGCAGGGGCACGGCAGCCCUCAGUGGUGCUGCUCAGCCAGGUGGAGGCCAUGGAAGAGGAUGGGCUGAGGCAGACACUGCUGACCACCUUGGAGAAAGCCCAGGUUGGGACCACAGGCCUGGUGAUUCUUGUAUGUGCCACCGGCAGGCCAGAUCUGCUGCAAGAUGCAGUCCAUCGGAGCUUUGCCAAGCGAUAUCACGUUGGCCUGCCAGAUGUGGGUAUGCGCAGGCAAGUGCUGCUGCAGGCGCUGACACCCCAUGGCUGCAGCCUGAGCGAGCGGGAGCUGAGCGCUGUGCUUCAGCGCACUGAGGGCUUCUCAGUGUGGGAGUUGCUGCAGCUUAGCCAGCAGGCACUCUCCUCAGCGGCCUCCCCCACUGGAGCCAUGCAUGGCCUCCCCACAUCCUCCAAACCCCCAGCCUUCACAGACUUUGAGAAUGCCUUCUGCAAGGUGCGCCCACACACCACCACAAAAGAACUGGACACUUGUAUAGAAUGGAGCAAGAUGUAUAGCCACUGAGAAAGCAGCCAGUCACUGUGCUCGGACUGCACUACAAACCUGUCUUUGCUUUGACAUGGCAAGCCUUGGGAAUGUUUUGUUGUUGUUUUGUAAUCACAGAUUAUGAAGCCAAAAGAGCCAGAGAAGCUCAACGAUACAGGAGAGCUGACAAAGUUGUUUUACUGGCAGAAGCAUGCCAUGGUGUACUGUUUUUGUUUUGCUAUAAAUAUCCGCAAUAUUUUAUUUUUCCCAAAGAAAAGAAAGAUGAAUAGGCCUUGCUGAGUGGGGUAGUGUAUUAGUUGUUUGACCAAUGGGAGAAUCAGAUAGCUAUUUGGAUACUCUCAGAGAUCCUGAUUAGCCUUGGUCCAGGACAAAAUCAAUUAUUUGUUGCUAGGUGACGUGGUCCAAGAUUAUGGAUAAUCAGGGUUUGGAAAAUACCCCCUUUGACUGCGACUCUCAGGAUCCUAUUUAUUGCCAGUCCACUUCCAUGUUGUCCUAAUGUUGAUUUAGUCAUUGGAUUGUCACUAAUCAUUCAGUACGAAGGGCUCGGGAUCAGCAACAUUUCAGCAAACCACAGUUAUUGACCAAAAACAUGUCAAACCAAAUGCAUAAUCAGCAGCGCUGUUGUAUUUCUCAAAACAGACUGGUCCUCAAAAUCACAAUAUAUUAAUAUUCUCGAUAGCUUUUACCAAAAUAUGACACAACAGUUAGUCCUUACCUUUCUGAAAAAAAAGAAGAAAUUUUAUCAUAAAAUCUGAUCAUGUGGCUGUCCUCCUCCAGGAGUUCAGUUGUUCAAACCUUGGAGUUACGGUCGAUAUGUUUGGUUGUAGAAAUAAGCUUACGUGUAUCUUCAUUUAAGUAUACUCUCACUUACAAUGGUACCAUUCACAGGCAACCGUCUUUGUUAUUUUUGGAUUGUUGUUGUGGACUUCCUCAUAGUUUGUUCUCAAUCUCACAUUCCUCAUCGAGUGCAGUUUUCCUGAGAAUCACACUUACAACACUUAACCCACCUGCACACCCAGCUUCUCCUACAGCGUAUCUGUUUUCUAUUUCACUUACUCUUUUUGUUUUCUUAGUACGUAGUCUUGUUUGAAACGCUCAGGAAGAAUUUCUUUACCUCAGAAAUAUGAAAUAAAGAAUGUAUGUAAUCUUAGGGUCUUAGUAGGGAGUGUCGCGGAGUGAGAUAAAGGAGCGAGGAGAAACCUGACAGUCUUGUAAUACCCACUGCAGCUGGGCUUUUACCUCGGGGGAGAAACUUGAAUAUGCUACAAAGAGUAACAUUGAAUGUAAUUCAGGUAUUUCAAAGGAUAUUUGAUGCCAUAAAUCCAUGUAUUAUUAUAUAUGAAUAUAUAAAUAUGUUUUCUUUUCUGUUCUUUUACCUUUUAUUUUUAUUGUAGUUUAUGGUGGAGUGAUGAUUGUCUUCAAGAAAUGCUAUGUAGAAUACAGAAAAUAGUCCUUUUUUUGUUGGACAAACUGCC